AUGCUUUCGAAGAACUCACGAAUGUUGAAUAUUUCUCAGUUGACACAAGUGCCAAACGUGUCACCCAUGAAGAAACUUAAAAGUCUUUAUUUGUUUGAAAAUAGUAUUGAAACCUUGACCAAGGAAGAUCUUUCAGAAAACUUGGAACUUGAAGUGAUUUGGCUUUAUCAUAAUAAAUUGAAGUACAUUGAAGCUUCUGCAUUUGAACAGUUACCUAAGUUGAGGGUUGUUGAUUUGACACACAAUAGAUGCAUCGAUAUGAAAAGAAAUCAAAACGACCAAUUGCCAUUUUACAACGCAAUUAAUGAAAAAUGUUCUGAACGACCAGUUGAAGAGAAUGAAAUUGAAACUUUAGCCAGAUCAGAGUUAUUUUAA